UCCACUAGUGAGCGUGCAAGAAAAGUGGGUGAGGGUGGCUGGAGGGGAGCAAAUAUACGACAUGUCAUCUUUAGCAUCAUAAAUAAGAAGAACGCAAAAACUAGAAGUCUCCACGCGUGACAUCAGCCCGGCUCUAUAUGAGGAAGGAGGCAGAAAGCAUCAGGACCAAUCUGGAGUCAGUCACCGCUCAACCUCAGCAGCGCGGAGAAACGCACAUGCCUCGCAUUUGCGGCUCUCAAUCCGUCCAAGUACAACCGCGCGUGGUUUUUGUAUCCAUUGUUCUUCCUUUGUGACAAACGUUGAAGAAACCCAGGUGAACGGAAUCCAAUAAUUUGACCAAAAAGGGGGGAGGCUGCCUCGCUUUCACUUCAUGCACGCUGCAACGAGUUCUUAGCUGUCGGACCUCUGCUCUCUUCUUGGAAACCCAAGUUUUGUCACACAAGGAGUGAUGCUGCGUGUUCCCAAGCUGCACUUGCACUCCAGGGGAACCUAACUUAAAAGCCGGACACCGGAGAAGAGUAACACUUCGUUCGAUGAAAGCGCACCGACGUGGACACUCACUAAUACUCAGCGGAGGAUCAUCUCGCUCCAUAAAAUGAUCCCAACUGGCGACCUGAUAUGUCGCAUCUCGUCUGAUGUUUGACAAGAUUGCAGUUCGACUAAAAGGAACUCCGGGAGAAGAUUUUAAAAGAAUUCAUCGCCAGCCCGCUUGGCACCCCCCACGCCCCUUUUUUAAAAAUAAAAAUCGGGGUCCGGACAACUUAAUAGCCGUCCAGAUGCAGUUUCGACUCUUCUCAUUUGCCCUGAUAGUAUUGAACUGUAUGGAGUACAGCAGCUGUCAGGCGCCGUCACAACGCUGGAGGAGAAACAAAAGAGCUAGCUAUGGAGCAUACCCCCUCUGUAAAGGCUGCUCAGUGUGCUCCAGAGACAACGGCUGUGUAAACUGCCAGCCUAAACUUUUCCUGUUUCUCCGGAGAGAAAGGAUGAGACAGUAUGGCGAAUGUCUUCAUGACUGUCCAGCUGGUUACUACGGCAUGCGCAGCCCCGAACUCAAUAUGUGUUCCAGGUGCAGGAUAGAGAACUGUGAGUCCUGCUUCAGUAAAGAUUUUUGCACCAAAUGCAAGUCAGGUUUUUACCUCAACAAAGGGCGAUGCUUUGACAAGUGCCCCGAGGGCUUUGCCCCACUGGAGGACACCAUGGAGUGUGGAGAUGGCUGUGAGGUCGGGCAGUGGAGUGACUGGGGAGCUUGCACCAGAAGAAACAAAACCUGCGGCUUUAGGUGGGGUCUGGAGACCCGGACUCGGCACAUUAUAAAGAAACCACCCAAGGACACAAUACCGUGUCCCACCAUUGCUGAGUCCCGCAGGUGCAAAAUGGCCAUGAGACACUGCAGAAAAGGAGACUCAGGGAAGCAUCGAUCCAAAGAACCAAAGAAGAAGGGGAAGAAGAGGCUGCGAUUUUGGGCUCAGAACCAGCACAGCGACCACUUGGCCUCUGCACGCUCCAGUCAGUGAGGACUGAGAAGAUGGACUUUGGACGUUGAACAAAGAAUCUACGCAAAGCUGCUAGCUGCAACCAUGCUCUGACUGACAAACAUCACAAAACACUGUCAACCUCGCCUGCGUCUCAGACUUCCAAUAACAUCCCGCCCACCUCCCUCACCUUCCAGAGCAUCGCCAUGAUUCAUUCGUAAAUCCGUCACUGCAAAAUGUUUUGUCUCGAUACGAUUUCAGUGCCGACACACUAAAAAUCAUACUCUACGCACCUGCCUGUUGCUACAUCCUCUUGGCUGUGCUGUUCAGCUAGGUGACUCGAUUCGCUGCGGUUCCACCUCAUGCCUUGCCUUGUGGACUUUUAACAGUCGACAUUAGUGAACUAAUUUCCUCUCAAUAACAAUGCCAUCAACUAUCUAGGGUGAAUAAAGACAGAGUGGGCAACCACAGACAGGAAGGGUGGGCAAGCCAAAUAGAGGGAAGUGAAAGAGAAAGGCAGGCAGAGAUUUGGCCAACUGUUCAUGAAACAGCCCUAAAAGGAGAAACUAGGAAAAGAUGAUGAAGAGGUACGAGACUCGCCCGAGGAAAGGGAGGUUGACGGCCAAGAAGAUGGCACCUUGAGCUGAAAGAGACAGUUGUUUAUAUAUAUUUUUUCUCCCCAUUUCUAUAUUUAUGUCCAAACAACCCUCACCUGUCUGUCUGAAUGGAUAUGGACUGCUCCAUGUGGCCUUUAUGUUCUGUACAUUUUUGAGAGUAAUAUUAAAUAAAUUACCAUGCGUAGUUGCAAAGUAUUUUCAUUCUCAGCACAAAACUGUUUACGUUCAGUCCGCUGUAUGCUCUCACUGUAUAGUGUGCAUAAGAAAGAAAGAAAAACAAAGAACUUGAGUUUGUUGACUCGCAUGGCAAGAGACACACAUGUACACAGUUGAUCUAAUGAUGAAAGCUUAUUGCCGUAUUUUCAGUCGCGACUUGCUCACCGUUCUAAAUGUUGAGAUAAAAGGCUGUAAUACCAAACUGUAGAUUAAAAUGAUUAAAAACAAUAACCUGGCCAUCACAUAGCAGUUUCAUUUAUAUAGUAGGUAUAUAUUUGAUUUAUUUAUUGAUUCAAUUUUGUACUUUUUUUUGUUCAAUGAAAAUGUCUUUUCGCCUCAUACUGUUACUCUUAUACGCUUUAAUAAUUCUUUGAGUUUGACACAAUGUGCAUAUCAGCCAGAAUUUGUUUUGUCAUGUCGUGCAUUGCUCCGUGUUGUAUUCCAACCGUUCAACUACAUCUACUGAUUUCACUGUUUCAAAGAAUAAACAAAAAUGACGUAUACAGCUCUGCUUUGAUAUAUUCUGAGUUUAAUAAUUAGAUGCCAACAAAUGUAUGGUCAUAGGACUGCAUAUGUGUACAUUGUGUUUUAUUAAAUGAUAUUUCGUGUGACU